UCUUCUCCCUUUCCCCCAUAACUAAUAUAAAGCCUCUUUAAUGGCGAAAGGACCCAUCUCCAACAAUAAACAGUAAUCCUCGUUUUCUUUAUCAUUACAAACUUUCUUGAAUACAAAAAAAAAAUCCCCAACUAAAAAGAAAAGAGAUCCUCUUUUUUAUUAGACGGGUAGAUGAAGAGACAAGGGUCCCUUUAAUUUUUUGCUAAAGAUCUUCAACCUCAAUAAUGUUAGGCACUCUUUUCUUUUGUAUGUAAAAACAAAAGCUUGCGGUUUUUAACUUUCUAAAUAAAAAAAAGUUUAUCAGUCCAUGACAAAGCUCAGUGCUUGAUUGGCUCCACAGUCUCUGUAUAGAAAAAAGAAAAAAAUUUGCAUUUUUUUCUGUCCCAUUUCAACAUACAAUCUCAGUGGUUUAUUUGAUAAUCAAUGGAGAAAAGGAGAUCACAAAGAAGCAGCAAGAGUCCUCCUGGAGCUCCAAUUUUCCCUAAAAGCCCACUUGUCUACGAGACUUAUAAGUCUGGUUGUGGUUGGAAACUGAUUAACUUCUUUGAUUUCAGACAUGUCAAAUCUGGUAAUAAGAGACCGAGUUCAGACAAGAAAUUCAUGAGAGACUCUGCAGGUAAUGUUUAUACUAAAAGCCAGCUUGACUUGCUCAAGAGACUUCACGAGAGAUGUCAGUGUCAUGAUCGGAUUGUGGAAGGAGACAAGCCUAAAACGAGGAGAAGAUCUUUUAGUUCUGAAAGAGAAGAUGAGAGCUAUGAACCAAAACCUGCUCAGGUAUUACUAGAGAGGAGCAAGAAUCUAAGGAAGGCAACUUCUUUGAAUGAAGUUGAGAAGACAAAUGAUAAGGACAAGCAAAUUGAUUUGAAUAAUGGUAGAGAUUGUAAGAAGAAGAGCUCAGAGAUUAAACUUCAAGUUCGUGUGAAUGAAGCAGCUGAAACUUUGAUCAGUUCCAAGGCAGAGGAGAAAGGAAAAGACCGGUCUAAGCAGUUCAUGGAAGCAUUAGAUAUCCUAAGUUCCAACAAAGAAUUGUUCAUUACACUCUUACAAGAUCCCAACUCUAUCUCGUUGAAGAAAGGUCAAGACUUGGAGAGACCUCAUGUGAAGGAACGGCGUGAUAAAUGUAGUUCAGUGGCUGAUGAUUUGGAUGAAAUUGUUCUGUUGAAGCCUAGACUAUCAAGCUCGGCGAGAUUGAAACAUCUAGCCAAGAAGGUGAAGGUUGUUGUUGGAUCUGACAACGACAGCAACCGCACAGAAACUAGACCGGAAUGUAGCGGUAAAGCUAGAGAAACUGAAGCUUUUGCUGUAAGAAACAGUGAUGUUUCUACUAGUACAGUUGGGUAUAGAAGCCCGGAGUCACCGGUGUUUAGGCGCAAGAAACGGGUUGAGUCUGAUGUAUUCAAGCUAAGCAUGGAGAAGGAUGUUUUGCCGAGAAGAUUCUUGGUGGAAAGGCAACCGGAGAGAUCAGAUUCUUCUCCUAUUUAUGAAGUUCCUAACGAGUUGAGUAGCUUGCAGAUAAAACUCAAAGAGAGAAGACAGAAGCUGGAGAAGAGAAGAGAGAGGUUCGAGUUGUGGCCCUUGGACAAGGACCUCGAAGUUUUUGAUCCAUAUCCUCACAACUCCAAUGUAAGGUCUCUCAGCGACGAUUGUACAAGUCUAGAGACGAUCCAUUUAGAAGACAAAACAGUAGAAGAGAAGAUUGGAGUAGUAUCUUUUGAUGAUCUUCUAGCGAAAGACUCUGUUCAUGAGUUUGUGAAGAAAGUUCUUGAAGCUUCAAGACUGAACUGGACUAACCUCAUGGCGAGAUGCAACGAAGAAACAUCACUACUAGACGAGUUCUCACACGGUAAUCACAACAACGGUCAGCUUCUUCUGGUUCUUGAUUACACAGACGAGAUUCUCCGAGAGAUUAACCGUCAAGAUAUCAUCAAGUUCUGGCCUUUCUUGAGAGUUUCCCUUAGAGAAGAUCUUAUUCAGGAGACGUUGAGACGUUGUGACUGGAGUUUACUCUGCUGUGACACUCCAAGAACAUUGGAUCAGAUCAUUGAGGCUGAUAUGAUAAAGCCAUCAUGUGUUUGGUCGGGUUUUGGGGGUGAAACUGAAGGUGUAGUCUCUGAUGUAGUUGAAAAUAUACUGCAACGGUUGGUGCUUGACCUUUCUCAUGAGCUAAAGAACAAUGCCUUGCAGAGUCGAUUAAUCUGAAUUUAUUAUGGACUAUCCAACAUUUUUUUUUUGCUAUGUAUAAAAAGAAAUUUCAUUUCAAGUUGAAAGCUUCUGACUCA